GAAGCUGCUCUUCACGGGGAUGAUGUGGAGUUUAUCAGCGACCUGAUCGCUUGCCUUCUUCAAGGUUGUUACCAGCGCAGAGACAUCACAUCCCAGACGUUUCACAGCUACCUGGAGGACAUCAUCAACUACCGCUGGGAGCUGGAGGAAGGGAAGCCCAACCCUCUGCGGGAGUGCAGUUUUCAGGAGCUGCCCCUGCGCACGCGGGUGGAGAUCCUGCACCGCCUCUGCGACUACCGCCUGGAUGCCGACGAUGUCUUCGACCUCCUCAAGGGCCUGGACGCCGACAGCCUGCGCGUGGAGCCGCUGGGCGAGGACAGCAGCGGCGCCCUGUACUGGUACUUCUACGGCACCAGGAUGUACAAGGAGGAGCCGGCGCAGGGCAGAACCAACGGAGAGCUGGCUCCAGACAGGGGAUGUGGUGGGCAGACUAACACCCCAAGUGUUCCUGGGAAAACGGGCAAGAGACGAGGGCGACCUCCAAAGCGGAAAAAACUACUGGAGGAAAAUUUGCUGAGGGAGAAGGCAGAAGAAAACUUGCUUAUCCACGAGACUCAGAUAAGAAAUGGGUCCCAAGGGCCUGGCCGUGGGACAUGGUGGUUGCUGUGCCAGACGGAAGAGGAGUGGAGGCAGGUCACAGAGAGCUUCAGAGAGAGGACUUCCCUUAGAGAGAGGCAGCUCUACAAACUCUUGAGUGAAGACUUCCUGCCGGAGAUCUGCAACAUGAUUGCACAGAAGGAGAAGCGUCUGCAGCGGCCAGAGUUUUCUCCCAGGUGGAUGUCUGACCAUCAGCCCAUCAAACCAAUCAAGCAGGAGGUAACCCCAAAUGUGCUGAGCUCAAUGGAGAAGCAGAGGCGCAGAGAGGAAGAGGAGGAGCGCCAGAUCCUUAUAGCAGUGCAGAAGAGGGAGCAGGAGCAGCUGCUGAAGGAGGAGAGGAAGAGGGAGAUGGAGGAGAAGGUCAAAGCAGUGGAAGAACGGGCCAGGAGGAGGAAGCUUCGUGAAGAGCGGGCCUGGCUGCUGGCACAGGGGAAGGAGCUCCCCCCUGAGCUUUCCCACUUGGAUCCCAGUUCCCCUGCCAGGGAAGAGCGAAGGACCAAGGAUAUCUUUGAACUGGAUGAUGAGUUCACAGCCAUGUACAAAGUUCUAGAUGUGGUGAAGGCUCACAAGGACUCUUGGCCCUUCUUGGAGCCCGUUGAUGAAUCCUAUGCUCCCAACUACUACCAGAUCAUUAAGGCCCCCAUGGAUAUCUCUAGCAUGGAGAAGAAGUUGAAUGGAGGUCAGUACUGCACCAAGGAUGAAUUUGUGGGUGAUAUGAAGACCAUGUUCAGGAACUGUCUUAAGUACAACGGUGAAGGCAGUGAAUAUACAAAGAUGGCUUACAACUUGGAGAGGUGUUUCCACCGAGCAAUGAUGAAGCACUUCCCUGGGGAAGAUGGAGACACAGAUGAGGAGUUUUGGAUCAGAGAGGACGGGAGACGAGAGAAGAGGAGCCGGCGGAGCGGCCGCUCGGGCACGGGCAGUGUCUGGACUCGAUCACGAGACCCCGACGGGCCUGGCAAGAGACAGCAACGCCUGGAAAACGGAGGAAAACCUCCACCGUACCGAGCUGCUUCCAGGGCUCCCGCUUCCUCCUCCUCUUCCUCUUCCUCCUCCUUCUCUUCAUCCUCUGUAGAUGACCCGAGUGGCAACUCAGCGCAGACUGCUCGAGAGGUGGGCCCUUCCAACGGGCGAGGCUUCCCCCGCUCCCUGCAGUACGGCGGCAUGCCCAGCCCUGUGCCACACCCUGGGCAGAUGCGACCAGCGGUGCCAGGAACGUUCGGCCCUUUGUGCGGCUCCGAUCCCACCAAGCUGUACGGCUCUCCACGCGUGCCCGAGCCCCAUCCCGGAGAGCCGCUGCAGCAGCACCAGCACUUUGCCAUGCAGCCGGCCGUGGGACUGAGCGAGCACCGCGGGCACCGCCUGGCCACUCCGGACAAGCAGGCGUGCGCGGCCCCGGCCCACGUGGGGCUGGGCCCCCGGCUGGGCUCCCUGCAGCUGGGCCACGACGCCGUCUACCCGCCGGCCCAGUUCCAGCAGGGCUUCCUCCCGCCGCGCCACAGCGGGCCCGCGGGGAAGCCGCCGGAGGGCUCCGAGCUGCCCCCGGGACACGUGUACCGGCCCUACAAGUACCUGAACCGGGCACACCCCGCCCUGUGGAACGGCAGCCACGGCCCCGCCGGCCAGGCCGCCACCCCCCCCCCCCCCCCCCCCCCCCCCCCCCCCCCCCCCCCCCCCCCCCCCCCCCCCCCCCCCCCCCCCCCCCCCCCCCCCCCCCCCCCCCCGCCGCUGCCCCCCGGCCAGUGGAGCGAGCAGUCGAAUUUCCUACCUCACGGGGUGCCUCCCUCAGGGUACAUGCGCCCGCCCGGGAAAGGCGCCGGCCAGAGGAUGCCGCAGCAGCCGGCCGCUCUGUUUGGGGGGCCGCCUCAGGGUCAGAGAGGGUGCCAGGGCGGGGACUCCAUGCUGGACAGCCCGGAGAUGAUCGCCAUGCAGCAGCUGUCCUCCCGCGUGUGCCCGCCGGGCGUGCCUUACCACCCCCGCCAGCCGCCCCCGCCGCACCUCCCCGGGCCCUUUCCCCAGCUGGCCCACUCUGCCAGCAGCCAGCCCCCAAAACCCGGCAUGGGCAACGGCAGCUCCCAGGAGCCCGCCGGCCACACCGUGGACAUGGACGGCAGCCAAGUGGAGACGCCGGCGGGCAUGGACGAGAAGGCUCAGUGCAUCAGCAUUCCCGACGGGGCCUACGCCAAACUGCUACCUCACGCCAAGCCCCCGCUGCCCAUGGAGUGCCCGCGGCGCGCCCUGCCCCCGGACGGGGAGGGGGACGGCCCCGGCCUGAAGGGCGACGUGAAGGCAGGGCAGGGCAAGGGCGCCUGGGCGGCCGAGAGCGGCUACGGCGGCCCCCCCCCCCCCCCCCCCCCCCCCCCCCCCCCCCCCCCCCCCCCCCCCCCCCCCCCCCCCCCCCCCCCCCCCCCCCCCCCCCCCCCCCCCCCCCCCCCCCCCCCCCCCCCCCCCCCCCCCCCCCCCCCCCCCCCCCCCCGCGGGGGAAAGGCUCUGCCCGAAGCAGCCGUGCCUUGCAUGGGGCAAGCUGUGGAUGCCACCUCCAUGGGCGCUACCCCCAACCAGUUCCAUCCUCUCUACAUGUCCGGGCUGGACUACCCGAAUUCGGCUGGGCGCUACCACAUCAACCCGGGCCUGCAGGGGUUCGGCCCCAUGAUGGGGGGGAAGCCGCCUCCUCCCGUGAUGGGGGGGAAGCCGCCUCCUCCCACCUCCCACGGCCAGCAUUUCCCCCCGCGGGGUUUCCAGCCGAGCGGCGCCCACCCCGGCGUCUUCCCGCGGUACCGGCCGCCCCAGGGAAUGCCCUACCCCUACCAGCCGCAGCCCCAGCCCUCCUACCACCACUACCAGCGCCCGCCCUACUACGGCUGCCCGCAGGGCUACUCGGACUGGCAGAGACCCCUGCCCCCGCAGGCCAGCCCCACCCCGCCGCUGGCCAGGCCGCCUUUCCCGGAGCGGGGCCUGCAGGGCUGCGAGGCGCUGGGCGCCGCCAUGGCCUCGCCCGGCCGCAUGGACGUAGCAAGUGCCAAAGAGGUUUCUCCGAGCGACGGGCAGGAGCUGGCGCCCGAAGAUGACAAGUCCGAGGAGUCCCAGGAAAGGCCGGAGAGUCCCAAAGAGUUUCUUGAUUUGGACAACCACAACGCAGCCACCAAGAGGCAGAGCUCGGUGGCGGCGGGGGAGUUCCUCUACGGAGCGCCCCCGCCACACCUGGGGGCGGGGAUGGGGUUCGGCCCCUCGGCUUUCCCUCCCCACGGGGUGAUGCUACAGACUGGCUCUCCUUAUGGAUCCCGGCACCCUGCCAGCCACUUCCAGCCCAGGACGUACGGAUCGCCCAUGAAUGCUCACCUGUCUCAUCAUCCAGCCCCCAGCCAGGCCAACGGCCUCUCUCAGGAGGGCCCCCUGUACCGCUGCCGAGAGGAGAACGUGGGUCACUUUCAGGCCCUGCUGAUGGAGCAGAGAGGCACUGGAGGUGGCAUGGGGGGGCCACCCCAGGACUUGUAUAGACCCUCGGGAAUGCAAAUGCACCAGGCUCAAGUUCCUUUCCCGAAGAUGCCUAUAGCGACCAUGUCCCGGGAAGAUUUGACAUCACAGAAACCAUCAGCGUUGCCUCUGGAUCAAAGCUAGUCCAAGAAAGGACAGACUUCAUGAAGAUGAAAGCCACACAUGAUUUGGACAAGAGAGAGGAGGGGCAGGCCUUGCUGCCACCCUCCCCUCGCCCGAGCAGCACGGAGCUUCCUGGGUCUGUGGAGCACGGAGCCGUGCCGGAUUUUGUGUUGGAAACCUUCAACAGUGCUGAGCAGCUGGCUCACCAUCACAGGGCACCCCAAACUUUUGGUGACUGCAGACUGCGUCUCAUUCAGGG